GCUUUUAUCUCUCUUGAUUUUGAUAUAGAGCCUUUUCUUAGAAAGGAGGUGGAGGAGGAAGCGUUCCACUUUAUUUACAGUAAAGUCUAAUAGUUAAGCCAAAUUUCACACAUUUCAACUGUCAAUCUAGCUCAUCAUCUGCUGAUCUCAUCAACUAAAAGGAACGCAGAGGGAAACUCAUAUUCCUAUUACACUUACCAUCUAAAGAACAUAUCACACAUAUUCAUUAUUCUGUACUUUUACUGAAGUGGACAAAUUACUUCAACAUUGUCGUAGUAGUAUGUUUGUAUAUGGUUAGUAAAAUUAAAAAAAAUCAUAUCAGAAUGAAUACACUACAGUCAAACGCUCGGCCCAUUCACACACCUUUAGCAGUUUUCCACCGGCACCCGUUUUCCCCGCUCGACCUGCCCGGUGGCUCUGGCCCCGCCCUUUUCAACCUCUCCCUCCUCUCCCCGAGAGACACGACAGUCUUCCGAUCAGUCCAGACCAGUCUUUCUUCACCGCUCUGCUUGCGAUUUUCUCUUUAUCCUCUCUGCCGGCAUGAGCGGCAAGUUGUGGACUGAGGAGCAGUUUAACUGCCCCGUGUGUCUUGACCUCCCCAAUGAUCCGGUCACAAUCCCUUGCGGGCACAGCUACUGCAUGGGCUGCAUCAAGGACUACUGGAGCAAGGACAACCCCACGGGGGUCUACACCUGCCCCCAAUGCCGAAAGAGCUUCUCCCCCAAGCCUUCCCUGGCCAGGAACACCAUGCUGGCCGAGGCGGUAGAGCAGCUCCGCAAAGGGGCCCACAAGGCCGACGUGCGUGAGUCCAUGCGGAGCGCCAGCUCCUCGGCCGGACCCAAAAGGAAGACGUCCUCCUCCUCUUCCUCCUCCUCCUCUUCGGCGGUCCCGUGCGACAUGUGCAAAGGGGAGCGCCGAGCGGCGGUCAAGAGCUGCCUGUCGUGCAUGACCUCGUACUGCGCCGCCCACCUGAAGCCCCACUCCACCAAGAAGGCCCUGAAGGCGCACGAGCUGAUUGCGCCCACGGCCAACCUGGCGGAGAAGAUCUGCACCCAGCACAAGUACCUGCAGGAGUUCUACUGCCGCCAGUGCAAGAUGUUCAUCUGCUGGCUGUGCACCAGCAACCAACACAAGGGCCACGAGUGCGUCUCCACCAAGGCCGAGCGGCUGGAGAAACAGAAAGUGCUGUCAGAGAUGCAGACUGAAACUCAGCAGAGGCUGAAAGACCGCCAGCAAGAGCUGAAGGACAUGAAGAAGAUGAUGGAGGGGAUGAAGCGUUCUGCAGACAGGGUGCACGGCGACACGGAGCAAGUGCUGGUGGAACUGCAGCACUCGGUGGAGCGUCUGCAGGAGCUGCUGGAGGAGGUGCUGGACCAGGCCAGCAUGGAGAAGAUGGGACAGGCCCAGGAGGUCAUCGAUAACCUGGAGGCCGAGAUCAAGGAGCUGAAAAAGAGGGAGACGGAGAUGAGGGACCUGGUGCACUGUGAGGACCACAUCCACUACCUGGAGGCCUGCGAGGCCGUGUGCAGCCCCCUGGAGUCGGGGGACCUGCCCGUCGUGGUGGCCAACCCUGACGCUUCCUUUGAGCCCGUGCGGGAAGCCGUCCUGGACCUCCGGGAACGCGUGGAGGACCUGUGCAACCAGGAGCUGAGCAAGAUCACCAAACAAGUCAACGACACCACCCUGUUCACACUGAAGGACUCCAACCGGAGCGGAGGGGCAAAGGGAGGGAUUCUGAAAUUGUUUGGCCUGGCCUCUCGCAACACUAACAGCCGCCCAGCAGCCGCUGGAGCGCAGCCGCGGAGUGCAGACAGACGAGGUAUCGGCCUCAAGAGUCAAGACGUGAGGAGCAGAGACAGUCCACGAGACAGAGGAACCACAAGCUCACCCAGACCCCGAGACAGGCAGAGAGGGGAGAGAGAGACAGUGAGGGAGACCAACCCCAGACCGAGCCUCGUCCCCAGCCCCACUCCUGGACGCGCAGAGUCUCAGUCUCUUUGGAGCAGGGCCAGUCAGAGCCAGGCUGUCCAGGCUGUCCCCGCUGUGGCCCCGACCCAGACUCCAAUCGCGGCCACCCCGAUUCCCGCUCCAGCACCAGCACCAACCGGAGGUUCAGGAUCCAGUUUCAGUCGAAUGCAGUCCAUCAGCAGCCUGUUCCGCUCCCAUCGGCGCGGCACCACCCCGGCCACCCCGGCUACCCCAGCUACCCCAGCCGGUAACACACUGCCAGCCGGAGGAAACCCAUGGGCGAUGGCUUCUCCAUCUGAAUCACCAACGCAAAUUAACCCCGGUCUGUUCUUGGACCUGCCCACCCCCACCUCGGUGAUGCACGCUCCUGCUUUUCCCACGCUGCGAGAGAUCAACCUGGACAGCAUCCAGGCCCCGGAGCCCAGGACCAGAGAGGAGUUCCUGCAGUACUCGGUGACCUUGACCCUCGACGCGGACACCGCCCACCGGCGGCUGGCCCUCACCGAGGGCAACACCAAAGCCACCCUGCAGGCAGCGGCACAGCCCUACCCCAACGCAGCCCAGCGCUUCGACGGCUGGACCCAGGUGAUGUGCGCGAGCCCGCUGCACGCCCAGCGCUGCUACUGGGAGGUGGAGUGGAGGGGCCGGGGCUCCUCCAUGGGCGUGGCCUACGGCGCCAUGGCCCGGAAGGGCUCGGACGCCCGGUCGGGGCUCGGCUACAACGCCCAGUCGUGGACCCUGGAGCUGUCGGACACCUGCUGCUCGGCCAUGCACGACAACGAGAAGCGGGAUAUCCCGGUGACCUACUCGCCCCGCCUGGGCCUCUACGUGGACAUGUCCACGGGGACGCUGGCCUUCUACAGCGUGGCAGAGAGCAUGACGCACCUGCACAGCUUUCAGGCCAACUUCACGCAGCCGCUCUACGCCGCCUUCGCGGUGGGCAGCGGGGUCGGGGUGGGCCUGGACUUUGCCCUCGGACAGUUCAGUUCCAGCACCGACAGCAUCAAGAUCUGUCCCAUGUGA